UUCAAGUCCUGGAUGGGAGGAGCGAGCUGGCGCCUUAGUGAUUCACCUUUCCCAGCCAUUCCGGCUCGCCCCAACUCCGGAUCUGGGCGGAGGGGCCCUGGGGCGUGUUUUCCCCACCCCUUGCGGACUUCGGAACUGACCCGGACCGAGUGGCGCCGGAACAGGAGUCUCUGCUGGACGCUAGCUUGGUGGGUUCGAGUCCUGCAAGAAUGCGCGCCCUGCCGACCCUCGAUUCUCUUGCCAGAAUGCGGCCACCUCUCGGGGACCCGAAGGCAGCCGAGGUCACUCACACCGCGCAGCCAUCGAGCAAGAGCGCUGUGGAGAGACUGGCAGCGGACCGCGCCAAGUACGUUCGCAGCACGCUGGGCUCUAGCCCGGCUCCUGAGGGGAAGGUCCCUGAGGCCCCAGGGGUGAAGCACGGCAACCCGGUCCCUUCCGCUCUUGCCCCAGCUCCCGUAGCCCGCAGGGCUAUCACCCGAAAGCCGCUGAGACCUGAUUCAUUGGUGAUCUACCGGCAGAAAUGCGAACUCGUCAGAGGGCCAGAUGCAGAUUGCUCCAGAGUGGGGCUACUAAGAAAGUUUUUUCAGGGGUCUGGCAAGGACAAAAUACUAGUGGCCCCUGAGACGACGGGGGCAGUGAGUGAGGAUAAACCUAAGGAAACAGAGGCUGCUUGGACUAAGUCGGGUCAGGCAGCAGCUGCUGGACCAGCCUCUGUGUCACCACCCAUGAAGUCGCUAGCUGUGCCUUUAGAGGUGGCUCCCAAGGUUCCUGUCGCACACUCUGGCGUGGAGCUAAGGGUGUCGCGUAGCAAAGGACUGCAGCGCUCUCAGUCAGAUCUCAGCUCCCGCUACUCCAUAGCUAAGGCUGAGUCUGACACUUUCUUCAAGUACUGCGGCCUGGACCCUGACGUGGUGGAGGCUCUCGGGAGGGAGAACUUCUCUGCUGGAUCCGACUGUGUUACACUCAAAGUGCGUAGCGUGAGCAUGGCUGCUUCUGAUAGUAGCUUCUCCAGGCACAGCGAGGACGGGUUACAAGAAGAGGAGCUCAUCGAACAGGUGCCUAGCACCACCUCUGUAGUAGAAAGGAACGCCCGAAUCAUAAAGUGGCUGUUCACCUGCAAGAAGGCCAAAGAAACCACCAGUCAGAAGUUGCAAGGACCUGCCUGAUUGACAUCUGAUCCAGGUUAGUGCCAGGAAGCUGGAGGGUAGGGUAUAAGCUUGUACAUGCUGGCUAAGCUGGGUGCUGGCCCAUCACAGCUCACGGUUAGAAUACAGCUUCU